CACACACACACUCUCUCUCUCUCUCUCUCUCUCUGUCUCUCUCUCUCGCAAUGGCAGAGAAGGCAAAAGAAGAGAAAGGUCUCGCAACGGCAGAGAAGGCAAAAGUAGAGAAAGGUCUCGCAAUGGCAGAGAAGGCAAAAGAAGAGAAAGCCCUCCGCCUGAAAUCCCAAGCCGAGGUAAAGUAUCGCACCUCCUGCCGGUCAGCGCUAAAAUACGCCAGGAGGGCGCAGCGCCUCUGCCCCAACCUCGACGGCAUCUCCCAGAUGGUCACGACCUUCAAGGUCCUCCGCACCUAUAAAUACUCCUCCUCCCCCAACUGGUACAAGAUCCUCCAGCUCGAGCCCUUCUCUCCAAUCUCAACCGUCCGCAGGCAAUACAAGAACCUCGCCCUCAUCCUCCACCCCGACAAGAAUAUCUCCGUCGGCUCCGAUGAUGCCUUCAAGGCCAUCGGCCUCGCUCUCCGUGUCCUCUCCGACAAGGCCCUCCGCAGGCGCUUCGAUGCUGAUCUCCGGGCCACGCUGCGGUCCCGUGCCAAGGAGGCCGGUAUUGAGACGUUCUGGACUGCCUGCUCGGCCUGCCGUCUGUUUCACGAGUUCGAUCGGAAGCAUGUCGGGAAGCGGCUUGUGUGCCCCAGCUGCAAGAAGCCAUUCGUUGCCGUCGAUGUCGGGGAUAGGGUUACUUGUUCGGAUGAUGAUCGGGAUCAGGAUGAUGAUGUCAGGGGUGGGGCUAGGCUUUCUUCGGAGAAGAAGAGAUCUUCUGGAGUGAAGUCGUUGGUGGAAAAUCGGAAGGGGAAAAUCAAGGGCGGUGAUCUGGCCGAUGAUGAUGAUGAUGAGUGGCUUGCUGGAAGUGAUGACCACGAUGAUGAUGUUGAUGUUGGGGAUUUUGUGGUGGAGGAAUCUGUCGAUAGGAAGAGAAAGGUCACAGAUUUGGAGAAAUCUGGUUCUGAGAAAGUCAUACAGCGGCGUGAGAUGACAUUGGCGGAAAUGCAGCUGGAAGUAAUUCAGAAAUUGGACUUGAAGAAGAAGAAGAAGAACAAGAAGGACGAGAAGGUGGAGGGGAAGGCGAAGGAGAUUGUUGUGGGGAACGAGAGCAGGGAUUUGAUGUCGGUGGAGGAUCCUGAUUUCUAUGAUUUUGAUAAGGACAGGAUCGAGCGCAGUUUUAAGAAAGGGCAGGUAUGGGCUGUUUAUGAUGAUGAUGAUGGAAUGCCCCGGCACUACGGAUUGAUUGAUGAGGUUGUUUCGGUGAAUCCAUUUGUAGUGAACAUGAACUGGUUGGAUUUGCAGAGUAAUGGGGAGGAAGCGUUGAUUUGUUGGGAGAAAAUGGGGUUCCAUAUCUCGUGUGGACGGUUUAAGGUUGGGAGGAAGAUUGAUAUUGAUUCUGUGAACUUAUUUUCACAUUUGGUGGAGUGCGAGAGAGCUGCGAGGUACAUUUAUAGGAUUUACCCAAAGAAGGGUUCGGUUUGGGCUCUUUACAGUGAAGGGGCUUUGGAUGGAGUGGAGGGGACUUCGAAGCUUAGGGAGAGACGGUGCUACGAUGUGGUUGUAUUUCUCACGAGUUACAGUGAGACGCAUGGAUUGAGCAUGGCAUACCUCGAAAAGGUUGAAGGGUUCAAGACAAUCUUUAAGAGGCGAGAGAUUGGUUGCCAUGCCAUCAAAUGGCUGGAGAAAGAUGACGUCCGUUUGUUUUCACAUCAGAUUCCUGCGAGGAAGCUUUUAGGUGAGGAGGCACCGGAACUCCCGAAAGAUUGUUGGGAACUUGAUCCUGCCUCUCUCCCUUUGGAUAUGCUUAGAAUUGGUUGGGGAAAAUAACAGUUGAAAUCGAGCAGGUUGUUUUUUUAUAUGGUUCACCUUCCUGUUUUUUGGAUAUGAAAGGAGAUGGGUACUGAGUCUCCUGGAUCACCAAGUCCAAUGUAGGCUUUCUAUGAAUUUAGUUGUCCAUUCUAGCAAUUUCAUCUUUGUUUUUUUAUACAUGGGUCAUUUUGUUUGUGUAUAUUAUUACUACACUCAUAGACAUUCUCUAUUUGUUGUUC